AAUAGUGUUGUCUUCAUCUUGACCGUGUGCCAACUCGAGUUAUUUCACUGUUGACAUAAGACUUACUGUGUUUGAACUCGUAAUCAACAAAGACAUGGUGGAAAUAGAAGUUGUCAAGUUCCGUCCCAUCAAGCUAUUAGCUGUGAUCUUCACGGGGAUCGCGUUGCUGCUCCUCAUCAUCAGCAUUGCUGCAGCUGAUUGGGUGGAUGUCAAGUUCACGACUGUAAAGGAUGGCUGGCGGUCCUGGGGUCUAUGGGAGGAGUGCUACGAGAUCACGUCUUCCCUCAGGGCUUGUGUCAAGAAAGAUCUGGAUGUCAGCAUGUGCAGCGUUGAUGGUUCUGGCCUUGAUUGGAGCAGUAGGAGCUUUAGGCCUCGCAUUUGUGGUCUGUGUACACACAAGAGACUCAUAUCCAUUACUGGAUUCAAAGAGCUUAUGGUACUUUAUUGUUUGGUUGCAGCUGUGUUCAUCCUGAUAUCGGUCAUCAUCUUCCCCGUGAAGUUCUCCGAAGACAUAAUGAAUGCUCAUCGCGGUGACAUGGAACGUUGGGAUAUCGAUUGGACGUAUGGCGUGGCGUUCGGUGGGCUCCUCUUCCUUUUGGGGGCCGCCAUCUUCUUCUUCCUGAAGCAGGAGAACCAGGAAGUGAGUCGGGAGAAGACCUCCAUGCCGGAGUACUACAACAACAGUUACUAGACACGGGCAUCAGGUCAUCUCAUCCAUCCACUUCUCAUUGAUGGAUACACAUCUCAUGAGCUAGAAGACACCUGGAACCCAUGUAGAGUAGAAGGGCAGUGUAGAUCAUUUUCUUGUCUUUGUCAUGUCUGGGAGGUGCUGUAGCCGAGUGGUUAGUGUUUGAUUUCAGAAGGUUCGAGUUUGAUUCUUCAUAUGGUUUAUAAUGAGAAUUGGUUCCUUGGUGACCUCGGCCAUCAAAUGCUAGAAAUUAUCUGAAUGUGCUGUUGAAAUAACUCAUAUAUCAUGUUGAUGCAAUAAUUGUUUAUGAUUACACCUCAUGAUGUUAGAAAUGUUUAUGAGAAUAUUAACGCCUUCAGAUGCGA